GCAGAAUUCAACAAAGCAGCCGAGGAUGUGAAAAAGUUGAAAAGCCAACCGACAGAUGAUGAGCUGUUAGAACUCUAUGGUCUUUAUAAGCAGGCCACUGUUGGGGACACUAAUACAGCGAGACCUGGUAUGCUAGACUUUAAAGGAAAAGCUAAAUGGGAUAACUGGAAUGGAAGAAAAGGCCUGUCGAAAGAGGAUGCACAGAAGCAGUACAUAUGCGUGGCCAAAAGAUUGAUCGAUACAUACGGAUUGAAAUAA